UCAGGAUGCAACAAUGGACACUUAUGGUUCACUGCUUGGCGGCAGUGACCUGUGUCUGGGCACUGAAGGAAAAUGAUCUUGAACCUGUCAAUUGGGUCGGAGGAGUUACCAUAAUGCAUCCUGGGAAGAAAGUCAAUAAUGGUCUAGCGACAAGAGCUCAGAUUUUCAAGGACAAUGUUUUUAUAUGUGUUCCAAGAUUUAAAUCUGGUAUUGAAGCUACCCUUCUUAAAACAUGUAUGAAAUCAAAGGACCAUGAUGGAAAUGUAUGCCUAGAACCUUUCCCUAAUUGGAAGGAUCAAACUGAAGGAGACUGCAGUUGCCUACAGUCAGCAAUAGAUUUGUUCUUAGAUCCCACUGGCUUAUUAUGGGUCCUUGAUGCUGGUUCUGCCCAAACAAAUGAACCACAGAUAGUACAAAAAUGUCCACCUAAAGUUGUAGCCUAUGAUGUCAGAACUGGCAAGAUAAUAAAAGAGAUAAUUUUGUCAGCAUUCAUCAGCCCAGAAUCAAGACUUCAGUUUAUCGUAGCAGAUUAUUCUGUUGAAGGUAGUUGUUUUAUCUAUGUGAGUGAUGCUGGAACAAAAUCCAUUAUUGUCUACAAUGUAAAUGCAGAAAAAGGUCAUCGCGUAAUUUUACCACCAGAAGUCAUUCAAGACUCAGCCCCAAAAGACGUGCUAUAUAUGUUAUUGAUAAGGAAAGCCAGAAGGGAUAACUUUGUAUACUUCACAUAUAGAUCUGGAGAAGAUGUUUUUGCUGUUAAUGCUCGAAGUCUUCAGUUUGAGAAUGCACCAAUAAAAUCUUUUAAUGUAGGUAAGAAGUCAAAGAAGCUUAUUUUCCUUGGAACAGAUGAUUGGGACUGCAUUUAUUUCCGAUAUGAGAAUAAAACAGAAGUUUACAAAUGGAAUACUUCUAAACCUUUCUUAGAAGCAAAUUUCCAGCUUGUAGAUAAUGUGAAAAGUGAGCUUAUCCCAACCCAUGCCAUGACAGACUACAACAGAGGUGUUAUGAGACUAAUAAAAUCUAAUCUCCCACAUUAUAUCGACAAUGGAACAAAACAAGGAGAAGCUAUUAACAGUUUGGUAGUUAUGCAGUUAAACUAAUAUGAAUUAUAAUA